AUGAAGUCUUUUCUUCUAGCUAUCGCCUUCGUGGCAAGUGCAGUUGCAGAGGGCAACAAGUUCAAGUACGACCAAGGUAGAACUUAUGUCUACGACUACGAAUCCCACACGGUAACGACCUUGCAAGGAACAGCCAGUGAAGAGUCUCAGCUGUAUAUCAAGGCGCAGGUUGAAAUCGAGGCUUUGUCUAAGUGUGACCUGUCUCUUCAGCUUCGACGGGUUAGCUUGGAACAGUCCGACCCAAGAAACCCAGGUUAUCGCCGUAUAGCUGCUGGGACUGCCGACUUCAGAAGAGAACUAGAACAGAACACUCUACGCUUUUCAUUCCAAGACGGCACUAUAGACACUCUGUGUCCCACUGAGAACGAGCCCACGUGGGUACUGAACAUCAAGAGGGGAGUGCUAUCUGCCUUCCAGACCUCUAUGAAAGAUCUUUUCACCAGUGAAAACACUACAGAAACUGAUGUCGCCGGUAAGUGUGAAGUCGAAUACAUGGCGAUGGGGCGUGGAUGGUCCAAAGUCAACGUAAAGAAACAUAAAAAUCUGGUAACGUGUGUUAAUCGGGAGAGAAGUGAUAGCGCAAUGCAAACCACACCGUACAGCUCAGAUAUUCCAAAGAAGUCUCUUCCUUUACUGAAAGGCACCCAGAACUGUGAACAGUCCUUCAGCAACGACAGACUGUACUCGGUCGAAUGUACAGAGUUGCACGUCUUCAAACCUUUCUCCAACCAUGACAAGAGUGCCGUUACAAAAUCCGUCCAGACACUUACCUUUAACAGUGAACGUCAAGGGUCUUUUACUGGCAAUGAUUACCGACCUACCCAUCAUGACCUCCUGUUCGACCACAGUUACUCUGAACCAACCAAUCACAUGAAGGGACGAGAAGCAGAACAAACGCUGGUUGAUAUUUGCGAAGCAGCUAAGAAUGACAUUCGCCCAUCUGUUCCCGCCAAAUUCGCUCACCUGGUGUAUAAACUCCGCGAACUUGAUUAUCAGUCUCUUUAUUCUAUCUAUCAGCGUGCUGACAGCAUUUGUAGUGGAAACAAAAAUUCCAGAAUUAUAAAGAGUAAGUUCGAAAACGCGCUUUUUAUUUAUCUGAUCACUAGGCAGUUCAUUAUGGAUGCUAUCCCCGUGGUUGGAUCCACAGCCUCAAUUCGUCUGAUUAGGGAACUCAUCACCAAGAAAGAGAUUUCCGUCUCUGAAGCUGACACGUGGCUGUCUUCCAUGGCUUUUGUAGCGAAACCGACAGCUGAAAUGAUUGGAGAACUCGUCCAUAUUAUUGACGGGAGCUAUAGCCAAGCCAUCCUAGACGUGUCUUCCCUCGCUCAUACUUUCUGUCGGUCCCAUAAUGACUGUGGUAGUGUACCAGAAGUGCAACGAUUGGUGCGACGUCUAGUUGACAAUCUAGGAAAUAAAUGCAUUGCCAAAGAUUCUAAAACGGUUCUACUGUCUCUUAAAGCUAUCGGAAACAUCGGAGUAGACGAAGGUGUGGUGGAUGCUAUUCAGGACUGUUACUCUAAUCCUCAGCUGGACACUGAAGUCAGACUUGCUGCCAUCCAGGCUUAUCGCCGCUUCUCGUGUAGUGUCUCGCGAGACAACCUUCUGCGAAUUUACACCAGUUAUGACGAGAACAUCGAAAUUCGUAUUACUGCUUAUAUGGCUGUCAUGCGCUGUCCCAGUUUUCACGUCAUCAACAUCGUCAAGGAAACGCUGGAGAAAGAAGUGGAUAAACAAGUGGGUUCAUUUGUGUGGACACAUCUGACCAACAUGCAGGAAACCUCCAACCCCUUCAAACAGGACAUCAGAGAAAUCCUCCUGAACGUUUACCUCAUGAAUAAGUUCAACACGGAUAUCCGGAAAUUUUCGCGUUACUUCGAAGGCUCCUUCUUCAUGGAU